CAGGAGGCCGCUUACAGCCGUCCGUUCGCAACUACGUGUCCUGCUGUGUUUGGGAGCUAUCAUGCUCGUAGGAAUACGCACACGUGGUUGUUGGUCGAAGAGUAAACAAUUCCAUGCAAGCGUGUAUCGCAUUUAAGAACCUGUGCUAUAGCAUCGACAGUGUAUGUAGCUACAUCUUUUGUUCAAUAUCUGGUUUCCAGGCGGUGAAAAUGUCUGAAAUGUGUGUUUUCACAAGAGUUUUUAAAUACGCAAAAUUUUCUACGUAGUAUUUUAACAAGUAAAAGUGGAGGUGUGUAACCAUUGUUUGUCGACUGUAGUACGGCAGUGUCCCAGCGAGCCACUAUCGCCCUUCAGGCCCUGCUGAGUGCGGCCGAGUGGCGCUGCUAUCCUGGCAGUGUUAUCUGGUCGCAGAUACCGGCCUCGCGAUAGCCGCGCCGCGUGGUCUCUGGCCUCAGUCCAGGACCAGGCGAGCGAGGCCGGCGCCGGUGCGCGUCUCCAGUCGCUGUGCAUGACGCGUGGCAGGCAUGGCGCUGUGGCGGCGGAGGGCGGGCAGAUGCACGCGCACUGCCGCCUGUGUGGUCCUGGCGACGCUGCUGUGGCUGCAUCUACACCUGCAGGUGGCGAGGCCCGCCUCUAGCGCCGAGGGGGGCGGCCCGCCCCCGGGGGCAGAGGCUCCCUCUCCCGGCCACCGAGGGGCGGCAGAGCUCACUUCCACGACGUCUCCGAGGGCGCGGGCGCAGCGCGGCAGCACCAGUCAGCCCGGCAUCGCCGACAUCCGCCGCAGCCUCGAGCGCUACAACGAGGCGCAGGCAGUGCUCAACGAGGACGUGUUCGGGCCCGUGCGGAACGACACUCUGGUCAUCGUGGUGCAGGUUCACCGGCGAAUGGCCUACCUGCGGCACCUCAUACACAGCCUGGCACAGGCACGCGACAUCGACCAGGUGCUGCUGGUGUUCAGCCACGACUUCUACGACGAAGAGAUGAACGAGCUGGUGCAGAGCGUCGACUUCUGCAAGGUCAUGCAGAUAUUCUACCCGCACUCCAUCCAGACCCACCCGCACGAGUUUCCCGGGGAAUCGUCCGACGACUGUCCUCGCAACAUCAAGAAGAAGGCAGCCAUUCAGUCGCAGUGCGUUAAUGCUAUGCACCCCGACUCAUACGGCCACUACAGGGAGGCGAAAUUCACUCAGAUCAAACACCAUUGGUGGUGGAAGGCCAACUGGGUGUUCAACAAGUUGACAGUCACACACAACCAUGAAGGCCUGGUGUUGUUUCUGGAGGAGGACCAUUACGUGGCAGAGGACUUCAUACACAUACUGCGCCUCAUGCAGCUCACAUGUCGCACCAGCUGCCCGCGAUGCAACAUCCUCUCCCUCGGCACGUACCAGAAGAAGUUUGACUUCAGCAAGGAAUCUAAUAAGACAGUGGUGGCGCAGUGGACGGGCAACAAGCACAACAUGGGCAUGGCGCUGAACGGCAGCACGUGGCGCGCCGUGCAGAAGUGUGCACACGUGUUCUGCACGUAUGACGACUACAACUGGGACUGGAGCCUGCAGUUCUCGGCACAGCAGUGCCUGCGGUCGGACCUGGUCACCCUGAUGAUGAAGCAGCCGCGAGUGUUCCACCUGGGAGAGUGUGGUCUGCACCAUGGCAAGGCCAACUGCGAGCCGAGGGCAGCGCUGUCAGCCGUCCAGUGGCUGCUGCAAGCCGCGCGCCAGCACCUCUACCCACCCGCCCUGGCUGUCACCGCCCCCCGGGCCUCCAGGAAGAAGCUCGUCAAGAGCAACGGCGGCUGGGGCGACGUCAGGGACCACCAGCUCUGCCUCAACAUGACGCUCCCGGCUCGAUGACUCUUCCAGGGCCCUCCGUGUGUCGUUCUGGAGGGCGUCCAUCGCCACGGCAGGCCUCGGGAUUGCCCAUUCCAGUGCUCGAUGGUGCACAUGUCACCAUGUGGACAUCCCAUCAGUGCAACACCUGGCCACCCUGACUUGGUGGUGACCACCGCAGUGCUUCAUCCGUCACCGAGAACUCUCUGUUUGCCCGGCUGGAGGAGAGCUGUGAGGCUCAGCAAUACUCACAUUCCGGAGGACUCUUUCAUGCCUACUCACUAGAAGUAGUGCUGUAGAACCAGCGCUACUCUGUCCUACAAGCAGGGCGAGUGUUGUGUUUGCUAGGGCUCGCGUGCUCCUGUCCCUCGUGACUGACGUGUGAGUGGCGAGACUGCCGCGGGUGCUUGCCUCUGCUGGACCAGUUCUCAUCACGUGUGCUCAUGCGAUAGUGUUGAGGCCUAUACAGUGAUCGUGAGUAAACGAGGAGGUUUUCAUCGUGCCAGGGAAAGAAAUUCAGGGAUGCUAAUAAUUCAAGUGAAAUCAUAAUUAUACUAAAUUAUUGCUUUAAAGACUGUGAGGUAUGUAAAUAAAGUUUUGCAUUUCAGAACAAAGUGCAAUAAAUUUUUUACAGCUGUGGGAAAUGAGGUAGAUGAAUGAAAAUACAUUUUUUUUUGUAAAUGAAUGUAAAAAUGUACAUUUAUAUAUAUUUUUAAUUUAAGGUUCUGUGGUUUUUUAGUGAAAAUAUGCCCAAAUAUGGAAUUGGGUAUGCACCCUAAAGAGUGAAUGCAGGUGUUUAUAGAUGUACUAGUUGCUACACGAGGAUACUUUCACAUAGUGUUCAUGAUUACAGCACAUAGUUUUUGUACGACAUAUUUGCCCGAGGUAAUGACUUCGCUGCAGCUCAGCUCUGUGCAUGAAAGAAAACGACUUAUGUUUGGUUAUUGGCAAGCAGUUAACAUAGUUGGCCAUGAGGAAAGCAUGGAGUGUCCAUAGAGACGGGAUCAUAUGCCAGUUCUCGAAACUUCACAACUUUUGUUUGUCAUAGAAAGCCUUCUGUGUUCAUACAAACUGUCAUCGUUAUGUUGUCAGAUUAUCUGUUAAGUUUCAUCAUUGGGUUCGUAAUUGUGCAGCCGUGUUGUCUGGAGUUACGAGUAUUAUUCUGUAUUUACUAUUCUUGAUACAUUGUCUCGUUAUCACCCCAUUGUGUUCGUCUGUGCUGUGAUUUUUUUUCCGGACUGAAUCCCUUCCAAAUACUUAACUGUGCGGUCUUGCUGACAUCAGCUGAUAUUGGCCUUGUUUUUCUUAUGUUUAUGUAUGUCAUCUUUGUUUUCCAACCUGGAGAUUUUUCUAUGACAAUCAGUAAUGGCAUAUGUAAAAUAAAUUAUUUCGAAACAGUC